ACUGCUCGAGUGUUGGAGGAUCUUAAUGUACCCAUUGGCAACUAUCCCCGACUGGCAUCUCAGCUGCUUCGCAAAGAAGCCUACGAGUGGUGGAAGAGGACCGAUGAGAGUGUAGGAACCCCUAAGCCAUGGACAUGGGCACAUUUCGAAUGGGCAUUCAAGCAAGAAUAUAUUCCAAAACGUUUUAGCGAAGAAAGACGUAAAGAAUUUGUCGAAUUGCAACAGGGAGACAUGACACUCCCCGAGUAUCGUCAGAAGUUUACUAGUCUUGCUAAGUUUGCACCAACCUUGGUGAGUACCCCAACCGAUCGCAUCGAGGAAUUCAGGAAGAAACUUCGACCUGACCUUAGGUCGCGUGUGUCCGUCCUAACCACCGUGGAUUUCGCGGAGGCCUAUGAUCUCAUAGCCAGGGCAGACAACGACUUGAGUGCUUGCAUUGAGUAUCUGAAGACAAAUAAUGUCAGUUCAAGCACUCACCGUCCCAUCAGCUCUGUCUCAAAAGGAAAAAGGCCCUUCCAGGAAUCUAGCAAUUCACACUUCUCAAAGAAGGGGAAAUCGGUGCAGACGCACUCUGUGGCGUCAGAAAACAAAUCAAGAGGGUGGAAACACCCAUUGUGCGAUACAUGUGGGAGACAUCAUCCAGGCGAGUGUUGGCUUGCCCAAGGAUUAUGUCUAGGUUGCGGCAAACCUGGACAUUUUCGAAGGGAUUGCCCCAGUAUUCCUGGCAAACCAUUUCCGUCAGGCCCAGUUGUAAGUCAAUCAGCAUCAGCACGACUUGCGCCAAGUCAACGAUCAACGGCAGGAUCUAAUCCGGCCAAGAACCAGAGUCAGCAACAGGGACGAGCUCCUGCUCGUACUUAUGCAAUGAAGGCACGAACUGAGGAAAACCCUGACGUCAUUCAGG